AUGCACCCGGAAAAUUCACGCGAGGCAGCGGCUUUCGUCGAGCGGCUGCCUCGAUCCUCAGCUCUCCGCGUCCUUCUCGCUCUCUUUGCCUACGCGCUGCUCGUCUCCGAUGUCCCACGCGCAGGCUCAAGUGUCGACAGUCUCCCCUUCGUCCAGAUUGAGCCCAAUGUCUUUACAGUCUAUGGCCCCACCUCCUCCGAGAUCUCCACGGCGCUCUACAAGUUCACUCCAAGCUCUUAUGGCUUACGCACGGCACGAGAACUACUUGAUACGUCUUCGAAGCUUGCGUCAUCAUGGCCUUCAUGCAUACUAAGUGCACACUCCACUGACUCGGCGUACAGCAGUGACUGUGGCGAUUCCUUACCUGGAACUACGGUGUUUAGUAUGCUCGAUACCCUGGUUGAAGCACUUGCAGCCAAUGCACCAAGUACCACCAGCUACAAGAAUGUGGCUCAGACAGACGACGGCAUUGCAAUCACGACAAGGGGAGAACUCAGCUCGCUCCCUCAACGUGUCUGCUUCGCAGCACGAUCCAAAGCUCGCUGGACGGGGACAAGCAGUGCAGGUUCCGGCUCCUCUGCUGCAAGUAGCAGCGCCAGUUUCUUGUCUCGCAACUUGCUGGAUCACAAAUACUGGCUCAGUGUUUGGGUCACAACUUUUGCAGACCUUGAUGCUGCCAAUCCGGGAGUGGAUUUGUGUGUGGACGACUUGGAUCGCCCUCUCUUCUGUGAGAAACCAUGGGCUGCGUCCUUAGCUGUCGAUGGAAGCGAGAGAGACGCACUGUGGGAAACUGUAUCGUCGCGAGCUGCUAUCGAAGCUGAAUCGGACCCUCUUACAAGGCUGGGAGGGGCGGUGCUACUUGCACACAAGAUUUACAACGUGGUGGUGCUGUAUCGGAUUCGAGAAUGCACUGACACAGACGUGUGCACUACGACGACUAUAUUUGACGAGCGUGUCGAGGGCAAAGUUCUCUACACUGAUGCGCUGGAGUGGAGUUCUCUGGCAUCCACUCUACGUUUUAUUGGACAGCUGUACGUCAUCGUGAGAGUCUUGUGCUUACUCUUUGCUUGCUUUUCAGUAGGCUCAGCCUUCGACAUAGCCCCAAACACAGAUACGUCACGGUUGAGACGCACUCUUCGCGUCUUCUUCGCUGUGCCGACUCAGGUCGUAGUGUACGGUAGUUGGCUUCCAGUGCUUUGUUACGCAAGCGCACACAUCAUCGACGCGCUGAUACUGUACGAACUGGAAGAUGACGGUGGCGACAGCGCCACGGAUAGCUUUGCAGCUUUGACGCGUUGGCUAGCGGUACAUAUGCGCUGCGCUUGGCUCAUGGCUUUACUUGCCCGUUUUCGAGCGUUGUUGCAGACCUCUGCAGGGGCGUGGACUCCAGCACACGGAGUCUCGGGAGUGCGAGGCCAUCUUCUGCCCGUAUUGGCGCUGAGUGCUGUUGCGUUUGUAGCACAAGGAGGAAUUGCUGUCGACGACCGUGAUGCCCGAAUCUUGGAAGCUAACGAGGUAGAACCUGUCCCAACUUUCAUGUUGCUGCGCUCCGAGACGUUGGAUGCUUGGAAGAUGAAUCUGGAGGGAGUGUACAGUGAUAUGCUAGCCGUCGCUCUUGCUGCCAUUAUCUACGUCGUCGUCAUUUUAAUGGUGCGUGCGCUGAUGCGCUGGUAUCGACGUCGAUGGGUCAAACCGACGAAGUUUAGUCAGUCGAAACCCCACGAGAAGGGAGAUGCAGUCCCUGAACCAUUGUUCUUUGCUCGAUCGGCUGUUCCGAGUGCUGCGGGUGCUCUAUGGGAACCCAGUUGCCUUUCAGUGAGUUGGGACGAUGAUCUCCUGGGGCCUCUACUUGCUGUGCUGAGUGCCACUAUUCCAUGGGUAAGUCAACGAAAUAUCGUCAACAAACAACGCCCGAGACAGGAGAAUAUAAACGACAACGAUGCUGCCAAUGGUGAUGAUAUCGCGACGAGCUCGGCGUCGACUGCCCAGCGUAUGCUUAUGAACCUGGUGUUUUUGAGUGACCGGUGGACCUUGCUAGUUUUAAAACUUGGACGUGCUCGUGUGCAUCUGUAUCAUCUUCGUGGGAACGGAUUAGACUGCAAAGUGGUUCAUGCCAACGCCAAAGCUCGUGUUGCGCGUGAAUACUCGUUGCCAUUUGAAAACGUUGAGCUGGUUGCUUCUCUGCGGGCAUCGGAGUUGUCCUGGUCGCAACUUGUUACAUGUAAAUAA